AUUCCCCUUCAUUACCUUGCCUAGGAGGUAUCCGAACUAUAGGCACUAGCCUUACUUCCACCGCCGACCGACGACUGCGACAUCCAUCUUCACCUGGGCUUCUUCUCAUACAUUGUUUGCUUAUUUCUACUCCACGACCAGGAACAAUAGGCCUGGAUAUACCCAAGGUAGUCAGUUCCAGCGCAUGAAUUAUCGUCCAUAUCGUAUCGCUUCAUUCGACCCAUGCUUGCCCCUCCCCCGCUAGCUACUAUCUACCUUGCGCUUGCUUGAAGCUCUCGUCCUUCACCCGCAGCUUAGCAGCUUCUUUCUGUCCAGGCUCCCGGCUUAAACGCGCGAAAUACCUACCUACAGGUAGACCACCUUGAGCUGUAUUGAGUACCUCUUUCCGCAACACCUGUCGCGAUUGCCCUCAGCAAGUCGUCAGAAUGUGGAAUGACGAGGACAAUAACCCGUACGGCACUAGCUUUGACAGGCGGGACUCGCAGUCAUCGUCUGUCAAUCCGACGUCCCCGUCGACUCGUAAUUACCAAUCGUUCGAGCCACCUCAAACACCAACCUCCGGUAGCGAUGAUGAGCAUGGCCAGUUUGGCCACGGCGGUGAUGACGACGAUAGGGACUCGGCGCAAGAUCCCGGCCCCAAGCGCAAGCCUGGUGGUUACGACAGUCGCAUCGAGCAGAUCCUAUAUGAGAACCCCAAAUUAUCUAUCCUCAUCACGGAUGCUGGCAAGAGUCUAGAGAGCGGCGGCAGAUAUAUCGUGUACACUAUUAAGACUGGCGUACGUCCAUCUACUGCUGGCUCUUCGAGGUAUUUCACUGACGACUACGUGACAGGAUCUCGAGGUGCGCCGCCGAUAUUCAGAGUUUGCUUCUCUGCGCGAUGCCCUUACUCGCCUCCACCCUACCUUAAUUGUUCCUCCUAUCCCUGAGAAGCACACGAUGGCUGAUUAUGCUGCGAACCCCACGAAUGCGAAGCAGGACCAGCAAAUCAUUGAUCUUCGAAAGCGCAUGUUGGCGGUCUUCUUAAAUCGCUGCCGCCGAAUGGACGAAAUCCGAACAGAUGGAGUUUGGUGGCGAUUCCUGGACCCUAAUGCUAGCUGGAGCGAGGUCUUGCACUCUCAUCCCGUAUCGUCAAUUCCCAAGUCGAUAUUGAAAGCGCCUCCGCUGGAUCCCGCAAACCCAACUCCGGCGCACAGCUACUUGCCAAUCCCGGCAGCAUCGGCAAAGCUCAAGACAGUGGCUGGUACCAAUCACGAUAAUAGCUCGGGCCAUAUACAAGCAGGGCCUCACGCAUUUGGCCGGUUUCCACCUGAGGGUCACAAUCUGGGCGAACAGGAGCUGGACCCUUAUUUCAUCUCAUACGAGUCCUCGAUCAAGGAACUCGAACAGCUUCUUACCGGCCCAAUGGAAAAGGUGAACAGACGAACUCUCAGCCAUCUCUCUUCAUUGGCGGCCGAUCUAUGUGAGCUAGGUUCCGUCUACAACGCCUUUGCGGUUUCAGAGCAGGCGCCGUCACUCGGACCGGCCAUUGAGCGAAUUGGCCAGGCAGCUGAUCUAUCAUAUAUCGCCACAGAGGAGCUCUCGGGUUCCCUGGGUGCUAGCUUUGCUGAGCCCAUGCGUGAGCAUGCGCAAUUUGCGGGUGUUGUUCGAAGUGUACUAAAGUAUCGUGUGCUCAAGCGUGUACAGCAAGACUUAACUAGUGAAGAGCUGAACAAGAAGCGAGCGCUGCUCGACCAACUAGAGCAGAGUGAAGCCGAGGCUCGAAGGAUUGAGAACUACCUCUCCAGUAGUCAGCAAAUAUCACCACCACCAAAGCGAUCGACCAGCCUCAAGGAUCCGUCCUCUCAUCAACGGCGUGAUGGUGGCCAGGACGACACCGAGUCCAUCGACUCUGACUUUCCUGGGACCCAUGGAGACUUUUCCUCUCACACACCUUCGGCCAGUCAGGGGUUACCCGAAAGGAGUACCAGUGCGCCGUCCCAUAAGAAGAUGCCCAGUGGGAACUCGAUAACGAACAAGAUCUUUGGACCCAUCCGACAUGCAGUACAAGGGGUCGUUGACGUCGAUCCAGAGAGGACACGCCGCGAUAUGAUUGGAAAGACGAGAGAGAGCAUCGGACAGUUAGAACAAGCUCAAGUUGUCUCGGAGCGCGAUGUCAAAGAAGCCAGCGCGAGUGUUUUGAAGGAUAUGAAGCGAUUCCAACAGGACAAGGAGGACGACUUGCGACGCUACAUGCUCGCCUAUGCUCAGAGCCAGAUCGAGUGGGCCAAGAAAAGUAAGCAACAAUGGGAGGAAGCUCGAGCAGAGGUAGAGAAGAUUGACGAGUCCUAAACAUGUUUUAUUCUGCUCUUUUGCGUGCCUGGUGGGAUGGUUUGAAAGCCGUAGAUGAUAAGAAGAGAGGAAUAAUAUUCCUGUAUAAUUCAUUGGCUCCUUCUCUGCUUCGGUCUUUGCACUGACGCUUAUGUUACUUAUAGUUUAUCGUGAAGUUGUGCAAAUAUGCGAAUUUCGUGCAGUCCUAUUCUGAUGAAUUAUUGGUCUCGCCAGGAGAGCCACUGAAGACCAUACGAGUGUCACAGGAAUGCAUAGGUACCUACCUUACAAAUAAACAUUGCACGUCAGCUCUGGAGAAAGAAAAAAAGAAGAAGAAAAAAAGUGCGUUGAUGAAACAUGAUAUUAUGUAUCUAUGUUUAGGUCCAGCCCAAAUGGCUGACUACCUCGACUUGUUUGGUAUAUGCCAGCUGGAGGUCAAAUCUCCAUUUCUCUCACAAGAAUACAGGUAUCUAACAGAAAUGAG